UGUUGCCCGUACUUGAGAUUCAUUAGGAGGGCAAACGCCACCGGUAAAAGGACUGGUCUCUGGUGAUCCAGCUCAUUCCAACUGCACAGGUAGUUUUGUUUCCCAGAUACUAGGAUGUUCGAAGUCCUCGGAAGGAGCCUCUGACGCUGUGAGAAGGGCUUGGGAUGCUGUGGUACCGUUACCGGUGCGUGGGUGACCCGCCACCAACCUCGCACCUCAAACCAUGGCUUACCGGUUCCAUUGAGCAGCCGGGAAGCUGGAGGUGCUUGGACGCAAACCACAACCAAAGCACCUGAUUGCAUGGCUGAACACCGGUACUGCAGUAAAAGUGGUACCAGCCACUUGCUUCCAAAGGUGAUCUAUUUAUUUGUCAUGUCUCCCAAGCAUAUGGAUACCGGUAGCCACCCACCGCACGCUUUAGCUACCCUGCCCAAGCGGUUUGACAAUAGUUGCCUACGUGUACCCAGAAGAAGCAAUCUAUGGCACUAACCGAGAUAGUACCUAAUAACUUCCUAACUUUGUCCAGCUAGCUGUCCAGCUUCUCUGUAGCCGGACCUGUACUGUGAGCUUAACUGUGUACUUUUGUUAGAGUGGUGUCUUUGUGAGGCAACGCAGCUUGAGCUCUCUCUUUGCCCCAUCCACCUUCAGCAUAAUUAAUUAUUGUCCUACGCCACCUCUGUCGAGAGUCGAGAGUACUUCAAUCGUUAAUCAUUGUCUUUAGAGGGACAAAAUGGCUUUAAAUCCUUUGAGUCGUCGGUGAGAGAUUGCCUGAGCUGUGUUUCUCAGUCCAUUUCAGUCCCCUUUUUCUGAAGGCCACAUGGCACACGGUAAAAUCGGCAUUUCAUCAUCAAUUUCCGCUCUCUGUGCAUGUCUGCAUGUCAUCAGCCAUAUCGAUUAUUUCGUUACUGUGACCGACCUCGGCAAGGAGACAAGGCAAGGAGACGAUGACAACAAGCUGAACUCAAAGUCUUCAUUCAUUUAUUAAAAGCCCUAUACUGCUUAUUCAAGAGGAAGGGAAGAAGUGUUUUUCGUGCUCUUUUUCGCUUUGAGACCCAUAGCCAACUACGACUGCUUAUUGUUGGAGACACCGCCGUGCCUGCGAAAUAAUACAAAGAGAAAAUGGAAGUCGAGAUGGAAGUUGAAAUGGGAGCCACCAACGCACGGGUGAUUGAGCAGUUUGGCGCCGAUACCCAGCUGUGGUGUGCCUCUACCAAUCAAUAUGCCUCGGCUUCCGAGGUCCUUUCCAACAAAGUGGUUGUGAUCCUAUUCUCGGCGUAUUGGUGUGGACCCUGCCGAAGGUUCUCGCCUCUGCUAAAAACCCUCUACGAAAAUCUCAGAAAGCAACCUCGAAAGGAAGAGUUUGAAUUUGUCUACUGCUCCAUGGACAAUUACACCACCGAAUACAAGCAUUAUGCCUCUACCAUGCCUUGGUGGUCUCUGCCACCUCAAUCGCCCGUCACUGACCGGCUCAGAACAAUCUACAAGAGCGAAGGAAUCCCUCACUUGUGCGUAAUUGAUGCCGAAGGCAAUCUGCUGUGUGGAGAUGCAGUCAAUGAAGCCAUGGAAGACACGGCCGGUGCUCGAUUCCCCUGGAGAUGUCCCAAGGCCGUCGAAGAGAUUCUGCCCGACACAUACGUAAAGAAUGAUCAAACCUACCAUCCAACAGCUGAACUCGACAACAAGUAUCUUAUGCUGUAUUUCGGAGCGGGUUGGUGCCCGAGGAGUACGGCAUUCACUAGAAAGGUUGUGCGAGCCUACAGGGCCUUGAAGCGGACACGGGACGACUUUGAGAUGCUUUAUGUGAGCUCUGACCGAGACAGACGAGCCUUCAAGGAAACUCAUAGUCAAAUGCCGUUUGGUGCCAUUCCGUUUGGGGAUCGCUAUGCAAAAAACAAGCUGGCGCACUUUUUGGGGAUUCGAGGCAUUCCGGCACUUCUCAUCUUUGGGCCGCGUCCUCCGGGUGGAGGGAAUAGGCCACUCAUCAACGCCAACAUUCGAGAAGUUUUUGAACGAGGAGAUCACAUGCGCGAGUUCCCGUACCACCCGAACUCGUACGGAGACAUCAACCGCGUCACGGCGGACAUUCAACAGCACAGAUUUGUCAUUGUGUUUCACGAGGCUGGGGACGAUUACGACCAAGACGAGAUCCGUGAAGCUCUGCAAGAAGCAUCGAAGAUAUACAAUGAAAGCGGCACUGGCAAGCCCAUCAAGUUUUGCUGGGCGUUUUCCUUUAGCGGUCUAUGCGAGAGCCUUCGAUCGGUCCUUCGUCUGGGGAUGCCAAAGGACGCCCCUGCCAUGAUUCUGUUGGAUAUUCCCGAUAGUGGGGCUUUCUAUGUCUGUCCAGAAUCCCAUUCGACGGACAUCACAGCGGAUUGCAUACUGAACUUUAUGAAGUCUCCGGGUCCGAGAAUUCAGAUAUAAAUAAUGCUAUGCAACAAAACAACAACCUGCUUGUCUUGUAUCUGGGUGCGCCUGUCCGUGUAUUGCUAUUCAACAUAAAGUAACCUCAUCCUGUAAUGUAAUCAGUUCAUCCUCCGUUUG